AUGCUGGCACGCGCCGGGCGCGAGGUCUUGGUCUGCGAGUCCCACAACGUACCCGGCGGGGUAGCACACGCGUUCACGAGAAACGGCUACGAAUUUGACAGUGGGCCCAGCCUACUGUCUGGGUGUUCCACUCCGGUUUCCGCCAAUCCCUUGCGAUUGGUGCUCAAUGCUCUAGGGGAGGACUGCGAGUGGGUGACCUACCCCGGCUGGCGCAUGGUGACGCCUGAUGGUGACUUCGAGUUCCAAGUCGGAAACCAGGCUCACUGGGAGGAAAUUGUGGCCCGCUUUGGCACAAAGAAUGCCGUUCAGGAAUGGCGGGACCUGAUGACAAUCGCCAAGCCUUUGGGCGAGAUUUCGAAGAGUAUUCCCGCAGCAGCUUUGCGCGGCGAUUUGGGGGCUGUGCGGACGCUUCGGCGUUUCUUGCCUCGGCUACCUGCUUUGCUUCUGAACGGCCCGAAGUUUCAGGCUCCCUUUUCUGACCUGCUACGCGAUGCAGGUGUUCAGGACAGCUUCUUGAAGAGAUGGAUGGACUACAUCUGCUUCGUGUUGCAGGCUUUGCCAGCCGACACGCAUCCCAGUGCACCGGUGGCAUACAUGAUCUCGGACAUGUAUGAGCCUGGAGCCUUCCUGGACUACCCGAAAGGUGGUAUGGGGGCGCUCAUCGGUGCAUUAGAGCGCGGUGUGCUGAAACAUGAAGGGCGGAUACGCUACAACGCCCACGUUGAAGAGAUACUGGCAUCGCAGGGCAAGGUGACGGGCAUCAAACUGCGAAGUGGUGAGCGAAUCUCGGCGAGAGAGGCGGUCAUCAGCAACGCAAGUGUUUGGGACACGGUCAAGAUGCUGCCAGAAGGCACGCGCUGGCCGAUGCCAAAGCCCGCAGAGUGCGGGUCUUUCAUGCAUUUGCACCUUGGGUUGAAGGCCGAGGGGCUGCCCGGUGAAAUGCCCCUGCAUUACAGCGUCAUCCGAGACUGGAAGGAGCCGAUAGAUGCAACUGGCAAUGUGGUCAUCAUCAGUGUGCCAAGCGUUGUGAAUCCAGGUUUGGCUCCUGCAGGUAGACACUGUUUGCAUGCUUACCUUGCCGCAACUGAGCCCUACGAGCUUUGGCAAGGCAUGCAGCGAGGCACUUCCGAGUACGACGCCUUCAAGCGUGAGAGGGCCAAGCCACUUUUCGAAGCCGUCGAGAGAGCUCUGCCUGGAGCCUGUGAGAGAAUUGAGCUGGAACUCAUCGGAUCGCCGCUGACCCAUGCUAGGUUCAAUCGCAGGCACAGGGGCACCUACGGUCCUUUUAUGCCUUCCAGCGCUGGCAUGCUCCCGGGCCCGUCCACUCCAGUUGAUGGUCUGCUGUGCUGUGGAGAUAGCACAUUUCCAGGCAUUGGAGUUCCUGCCGCGGUGGCCAGUGGCUGUGCGGCAGCCAACAAGUUGCUCUCUGUGGAGGAGCACCUGGAGGCACUAGACGCCAUGCGAAUACCAUGA